AUGUCGACGGAAAAUGAUGAAUACGAUCUUCACGAGGCAUGGGACAAGGCCUGCCGAUCGUUCGCGGCCACGACUGGCAUUGAUCUUUCGCAAGAAAAGCCCCAAAGUCCUGAGGCCGUUGUUGCUCAACUCAAGCUGAAGCGACACGCCGACGAAAAGAAACAAGCCGACUACCAAGUACUCAAAACUGUCGUCGAGAAGACCCUGCUGCUGAUCCAAAACUUAGGAGGGAUCGUCUCCUCGGCAGCGAGCAUGGUGUAUGGACCCAGCUCGCUCUGUUUCAAUGCUGUUUCCUACCUCAUCACCGCCGGACAGAACUAUAGAAACAUCUUCACCAGCCUCACGCAACUUUUCAAUGAGGUAUCGGACGUUCUCGAGAGAUUUGCUGUCUACCUCAAGAUGAAAGAAGUGGACAAGCCCCUUCGGAAGAUCAUUCAUGAGAUUCUCCUGUCUUUUGUGUCCAUCUGCGACUUCUCCGUGCGUGUCCUCCAAGGUAACAAGCUGCUGAAGUUCCUCAGGGUUUUCGCCUUUAACGAAGAUGAUGGUGUCAGUGGUGCUAUCGCAAAUCUGAGGUCUCUGGUUGAAAGAGAAUCGCAGAUGAAGACAACACUUACUUAUCGAGCUGUGAAAGAAGGGUUUGGCGAAGCUCAAGAUGCCAUAGCUGGUGUGAAAGCUUCCCUGGACAGAAUGUUGGACGACACGCGCAGAAAGGAGUCGGACAGCCUGGAGCAGAAGCUGCUCAACAAAAUCAAGGUCAAACUCGGUGUGCAAAACGGGCCCGAGGAGCAGGCAAGAUCGUACCGCCGUCUGUUAGCUGACACCGUCCCCGGCAGUGGACAGUGGAUCGAACAGAACAGAUCCUUUCUCCAAUGGAGGGACCGAUCUGCCGCCUGGGAUAGAGUCUUGCUCUUGUCGGCAAAUGAGGGAUACGGAAAGUCCUUUCUCGUCACGACAAUCAUCCAUAAUCUGGAGAAACGCUACAUCCAACCGACAGCAGCGCAAUCAAGGACAAGCAUAGCCUAUCACUAUAUUGAGCAACUGGAUGCUGGAAGAACCAAUUUCGACCAGGGCAUGCAAUGCCUGAUCAAGGCACUGAAAACUGCUGCCCUGCAACUAGCCCAGGAACCGGUCUACCGCAAGGAGCUGGCUGCCAUCUGCGAGAGUUGGGUGGAGCCGGACAGCCCCGCUGAACUCUUCAGUCGACUGUUCGAGCCAUGCCUGCGUAGUCAUGAGACAUUCUAUGUCGUCUUCGACGGUGUUGACCAGCUGGGCGACUGGGGUGUGAAGGCACUAUCAGAUCUUCUGAGACGCAUGCAAGCAGAACACGAGUCCGACGAACUACGCCACCUCAGAAUACUCCUUUCAGGCCGGACACCAGUCUUAGCAACCUUAAUAGACCCUGUCGACCUCAAGACCGCGGAAAUCGACCUUGCCACCAGUAAUGCUACUGAUAUAGAACGGUUUGUGGCUGACAGACUUGACAGAAUGGAUAUCUUUCAAAAGAGCUCAAAGCAAAUCCGCAGCCUUCAACAGGAGGUAUUCUUGGGUCUCACUCAAGGUGCCAACGGCGACUUUGUCAAUGUCGAUCUACUCCUGAAGGAAAUAGGAUCCAAGCGCUGGCCCGCUGAGGUCCGUGAAGUCCUCGUGAACCAAUCUCAGAGGUCUGACACGAUCGCCCGCGAAAUCAAACGAUGUAACCAGACUUUUCAGACCCGAGACAUCCACGAUCUCAACGCUUUGCUUACCUGGGUCAUGAGCGCAAUGAGAACUCUAACAGUUGAAGAGCUCGAAGCUGUUCUCUACCUGCGCAAUGGAGAAGCCUCACUGCGGCCGUUGUACGAUCAGCUGUGCCGUCAAUAUUCGGCGUUCUUCAUCGUGAAUAAACCCGACUAUCUCGAGCAUAACAAACCUUCGGUGACAUUGGUUUCUGAUUCUAUUAAGGAAUACUUCAGCAGCCUUGUUCAGUCUGAGCAAGAGGUACAUGAACCGAAAAGCGGCAAGGUCCAUCCCGCCGAAGUCAGAAUCAUCCGCCACCUCCUUGACAGCGUCUGCGACGAGGACUUGUAUAUCAAGUUUGGCUUCGAGGAAUUCUUUCAGCGCAAGUUAUCGGCAAACUCUGCAACCAUUAACGUGGACCUCAACAAAGUUCAUUUGCAAGUUCUUCUGGAUUGCUGUCACAUCAUCUCCAGCUAUGAGCGAGUGGAGCUUCAACCCUUGUAUGACUAUGCAUGGCACUUCUUUGUGGACCAUUUACAUCAAAUCGAGUUGACCGCAACAGACAACAACGACAAAGCACGAGUAGGACAGUACCUUGUUGACAUGUUCAGUGUUCAGGACACCAUCGCCAAAUGGUGGACUGCAGACCAGCUUUUCGAUCUCGCGGACAGAUGGUUCUUUACAGACGAAGCCGUUGACCUUGUCUUAGGCUGGCUGAAGGACCCUGCCACAACCAAAACGUGCUCUCCCAGAAACCAGGCGUGGGUCAAAACUUUGACCUCGAACUCUUUUCCCGAGGCUGAUCUUUUGGAGCAUGUGGCAGUGUAUGUUGCGGAUUGUCUCUUCCGCCAAUCCGUGACAUACCAAGGUCAUCCUGUGAUUAUGAUGCAAGUGUUGUAUGCAUUUCUUCGCAAGCUGCAUCGCCGCAAGGACCCUUCUUUGGCCAAGGUUGAUUUCACCACCAAGCUUCUCACAGUCAAACAGAUCAACCAUAUAUCCCGAUGGGCUGCCGAGCGGCUGCAUGUUGACAAGCCAGACUUUGAAUGGACCCGGUGUCUUGCUCGCGCAUAUCGAGUCUUCGGGCACUACGAGGAGGCCGUUCAAGCCUACCAGGCAGCGGGUGAGCUGCAACAUGACCACUGGUUCUCGGAUUAUGGACUGGCCACGACGUACGACGUCUUAGAAGAGUGGUCCCUCGCGGCACAAUUGUAUCAGGACAUUCUCCGUCGAAUCGAGACAGGUGAGGCGAAAGAUCCAUCUCCUGCGGAGCACAUCAUCACUCUUCGUUUCUCGCUCGCCCAGGUUCUGGUCGAGUUAGGUGAGUAUAACAAGGCUAUUGUCCUGUACGACCAACAACUGGCCGACAACCCCAGCAGUUACGGUGUUAUAAUGCAGAAGAUCGUGGCGCUCCGGCGACAGGGGAGAAACGGCGACAUCAUCGAGAUACUAAAACAGCUGAGCAGCGACAAAGACCCCGCCCACGGUAUCAGUCGCUUGAGCAUGACACUCCACACCUACAUUGGUGACCUCGAUUUACAUUCCACGGUUCUCGUUGCGGGGAACAGGACGGGCACUAUCCCGUUUGUCCAAUCAGUAUAUCGGGCUGCCCUGGAAGAAGCCAUGGACCCCGGUUAUCUGGUACGGGACACGCGCACCAAGGCCGAGUAUCGCGUCGUGUUGAGCUGUGAACUCGCCGACAUUCUGUACAAAUACCCACAGACAGUCGAUGAUCGCGAGGAAGCGCUGGACCUGUGGGAAAGUUCGUUUCUCGAUGCCGAUGACAUCGGUUUCGCUCCUGCACGCUAUAUGGCUGCCAAAGCGCUGUCCAUUGUCUACUACGAGCAAUUGCGGCAGCAGCAAAGAUCAUCAUCACCACCAGACUCGCCAGAAACUUUGAAUAUCGUGAACAAGCUGUUGCGACUUUCGGGCCAGACGAAGGCGGCUUCAGCAGACAACCUCAACGCCAUGGCAAGCACCAUUGACACCAGACUCCUUGUCGGCCGCCACUAUGGCAAGGUCGGGCUGAAGAAGGAAGCUAGGGAUUGUCUGCGAGGACAUAUCAAAAUCGGCAUUGAUUUGCUGUCGGACGAAGACCCCAGUAAUGACUGGCAGGGAUAUCUGCGCCUAGCCAGCACGCUCAUGUAUUAUGGCGACAAGGACAACGCGCUCGCGGCAUGGUCGCUCAUUGGACCGGACGAAUUCACCCAACAACAGGAGGAUGGUGAUGUAGAUGACGAAAGGAAUGACGGCGGAGGUGUGUCUGUUACAUCGCAGCGGCUAGUGCCUCCCCAAGAGAUCGAGCCCAAAACGCCUUUUCGAAAACCCGAAGGAAACCUCAUAUACAAGUGCGACGGCGGUACCUGUCAACACAUGUGGACGUACGCCAACGACAUGCACAUCUGCAUGGACUGUCUGGACGUCAUGUUCGCGAGUCCGUGUCACGAGCUCCAUGUCAGAAACGCUCUGGAGAUUAAGGUCUGCGACCCGACGCAUGAAUUUCUGUACGUUCCUCCCUGGGAGGAAAUGGAGGCCAAGCGCAGAGGUCCCGGACGAGUGAGGCGGGCGGGGACCACAGUUCCCGUGUCGGAUUGGAUUUCUGAGAUUCGACGGGAAUGGUCACUUGAAAAGUAA